UUGGCGGGAAAGCUCACCGGCUACCUCUGCUGGUUUAACUUUAAAAAACAUCAAGGACGACACGGCGCGCCGGUGUCAUGAUAACUUUAAUGUUAACGUUAAUCUUAUCGGUGUAAUUAUGAACGUGACGUUGGGAGCUCUGCUGAGUAUCUUAUCGUUUGUUAUGGGUGUCACGAGUCAACCAAUCCCAGCAGUAGAAGGUGACGAUGUCACUCUUCAGUGUCCUCUGGCUCAUGGGGUCGACUUGUCUGCUUACACAGUGGAUGUCAGCAGAGAUGACCUUAUUAAUGUCAGUGACAAUGAUGUCCAUGUGUAUCGACAUGGACAGGACCAUCUUCAAACACAGAUGGCUCAGUACAAAAAGAGGACAACUCUCAUCCAUGAAGACCUGACCAGAGGAAUCCUGACACUGACACUCGCUUCAGUAAAGCUGUCUGACAGUGGACCAUACAAGGUCUAUGUCCCACAACUGGAUGCCGGUUGUGUCAUUGACCUCAGUGUUGUAACCAAAGAUCAAGAGAACAUAGCUCCUGUAGAUGAGCUGGACAAUCCUGCACCCAAAGACCCACAGAACAGCACAAGGAGAGAUGACUCCAGCACAACUAAACCUCCAGUUCAGGGAGUGACCAAGUCAGGCGAUGGAGAUGCUGCAAAGGUGGAGCCUGUGUGGAAAACUGUCCUGCUCAGUGUUGGCUGUUGUGUCGCUGCUGCUGCCAUUGUUGGCAUUGUACUUCUUAUCCUGUGGAAACUUGGAAAGAUCCAGAUUUGUAAGAAGAAGACGCCCAGAGGAGUGAAGGGGCCAGAAGAUGAGACAAUGAUGCAAAAUACCUGAGCAACAGAUGAGGGUGAAGACCCACACAGCGCUGCAGCGAAUGGCCUGAGAGAGGUGGUGGUGGGAGACGAUAACCACUCAUCCUGACAACAUUAGAAAACCUUCCAUACUUCUUCACCUGAAGCAAAGCCUUUUCCUCCACAACAGUAAAGUUGAUUUUAUAUAUGUAGCCCAGUAUCACAAAUCUGCCUCGAGGAAGGGAUUUUGGUAGUGUAUCAGGAGAAAGGGUUGAUAUGAGCUGCUGACCAGCUCAGUGGCCUAGUGGUAGAGUGUCCGCUCCGAGACUGGGAGGGGUUCGAUCCCCGGCCAGGUCAUACCAAAGACUAUAAAAAAAUGGGACCCAUUGCCUUUGGGGAACUGGGGGGUUAUAUCACCACAUGAUUCCCGAGCGCAGCACCGCUGCUGCUCACAGCUCCCUCAGGGGAUGGGUCAAAUGCGGAGAACAAAUUUCACACCCUCAAAUCGACUGAAAAGUUCCUUUCUCCACUCCCUAGAGCACUCUGUGUUCGGUGUAAAUCAAUGAUGGUAAUGUUACAUACAUGCCACUGAAGGAAGCUGAGCAGUUACAGUAGCUUUUUUAAUAGUUCCAUAUUUUUUAAAUUUUUUAUGUUAGACGGCAACCUGCAGUGUAUCAGCGACGCAGGAAACCUGAUCAAGAAUACAAGUUCAAGAUCUCUUUAAUGAUCAUCAAUUGAAGAUAUCUACAUGCUCCUUUCUAGAUAUCUUGAAUUGAGUUUCAGAUAGUCAGAAUGACGUAGAUAUCUCAAACUGGAAUUAUAGUCAUAAUGUAAUUGUAGAUAUCUAUAAUGACAAACCCCAUACACAUGAAUGGCAACAAUAGUUUGAAUCUUACUAGUCAAAACUGAAUUACAGAUAUCUGUAACUGUAGUUUUGACUAGUCAGAAUGACGUUAUAGAUAUCUUCAAUUAAAAUUCAUACUAGUCACAAUGGCAUUACUACUAGUCAAAAUGACAUUGAUAUCUGUAGCCUAAUGGUAAUUCUGGAUAGUCAAACUUAGCGAUUAAAUGUUAAACCGGCUUGCCAUACGAGGUAAUUCACUACGUCUGGAUAGGAUAUGGAAGGCAGAACCGUCGGGUCAUCAUUUUUCCAAGACGAGGGAGCUAGCCCGUACGGAUCUUUACCACCUAUUAUUAACCGCAGUUUCUCGAGAUAUCGCUGUUUCUUCCGCUGACAAAGUCCUUCUCUGUAACUUUUAGCAGCUUCCGCACGUUCUUCUGUGCAUUUCUGAAGUUUAGACAUUUUAAAGUCCGCUUAAGGUGCACGUUAGGCUACGGCGUUGAACCAGAACUGAGAACCUCAAGCAUACCUUGUCCUUUUAUGGAACAAGCUCAACAGCUCUCUGUUAUUUAUCUUAUUUACACCAGGGCAUGUCAUUUCUGUCUCUACAUGGUCGCACGUUUACAAAUCUCCUCUGCUCUCUGUGUCGGAGUUCAGCCCCGAUGAAUACAUUCAUCAUAAACUAUACAGAGUCUACUGUACUACAUUUUAUUGGACGGUUUAAUUAUUGAAGUAUUUAGCAACACAGUGGUCAGUGGGAUGUGAGGAUUCUUAAACUAACGUGUACAGAUGUGAAGCCCUGACUGUAUCUGACUGAGCCUUAAUGAAAGCUGUUGUCUUGUAUAAAAUAUGAACCUUAUAGUCAACACACAGUUUAUUCAGCCUGUGUAGCUGAGGGGACAGGUCAAACUGAUAUGGUGCUGAUUUACCAUGAACAUAAACUACAGAUCACCUGUAAAGCAUUUUAAUAAAUGUAUCUAUCAUAAUUAAAACAACUGGAGACUGAAAACAAACUGAUAUACGGGUCUGAUCACUUUUUUAAUGAAUUGAUAUCAUUCCAGACAGGAUGUUAGUGUGUCUGUGACUUCCUGGACGGACUGGAGGAUGCUGGAAACUGUCGGGAAGCUUUCUGUCACCGCCCCCCGCUGCGGCCGCCUGCUCUCGUCUACUUUCCAGGCGAGGCGCAGUUCAUCUGGAACGAGCCUAAUAAGUCGACGCAGCGGACUUCAUCUUGUUUUAGUUAAAUUUCUUUUACUGUAUUGCACUAACAAUGGCAGUGGUGACUGUACUGACUGUAGGUGUCACAAGUCAACCAAUCACAGCAGUAGAAGGUGACGAUGGUACUCUUCGGUGUCCUCUGGCUCCUGGGGUCGACUUGUCUGCUUGCACAGUGGAUGUCAGCAGACUUGACCUUGAUGUCAGUGACAAUGUCGUCCACGCGUGUGUACAUGGACAGGACCAUCUUCGUCCAUAGAUGACUCAGUACAAGGACAGGACAACUCUCAUCCAUGAAGACCUGAUCAAAGGAAUCCUGACACUGACACUCUCUCCAGUGAAGCUGUCUGACAGUGGACCAUAUGAGGUCUUUGUCCAAGAACUGAAUGCCAAAUGUGUCAUUGACCUCAGUGUUGGUGAGCAUGCUGAGUUUAAUACAGUUUAGUUCAGAUUAGUCAGAAUUAGGAAUAUCAGUGUAAUACCUUUAGCGUAUUACUUUUUUAAUGUUCUUUAAAGGUGGGAGUAGGUGGCACAGAUUGAUCAUAUUUAACAGUCAGAUGUGCUGGACGUGUCAUUUCACUGGUUUUAUGGGAACGCGCACAGAGCCUGAAGCAGAAACCCUGGGUUAGUGGUUGAUAACUACCUUUGUAGUACUUGUUAUCUCUGACUGAGGCUUUAGGGUUUGACAAACCAGCCUCAGUCAGCGAUAACAGGUACAACAAAGGUGUUUUGUGUUUUGAUUAUUUGCACAUCUACAUCAUGUUUGUGUUUAACUUUAUUCUUUGUCUUCAUUUUGUUCUUUCUCUUAAUAUUUAUUCACAGUUGAUAGAUUAUUGAUUAUAUUUUUUUUUCUUUUGUCAAAUUGUUAUUCCUGCUGAACAACUGAGUGGAGUUCCCUCUGAAAUGCGACCAAUAAUGUUGCUUUGCAGUAUCUAAACAAACGGUCACACCUCUCUCAGGACAGACAGAUAGGACAUGAAUGCAGUGUGUACAGAAUAACAACAAAUUUCAGUAUCGCCUCCUGAUAUCGCCUUCUUCAUUUAAUUUUCCAAUCUUUGCUUUAAAUGUUUUUAAAAUAAA